AUGAUUCCAGCAUGUUUCAGCCCACACACAGUCUCAAGCAAUAACAAAACCUCUAAUCAUCAAGUCCCUCAAAACCUCAUAACUUGCAUAUACCAAACUCACCUCUGCAACUCACCAACUUAUCUCACACUCACUUGGUCCAAAACCCUCUUCUCUCACUCCCUCACCAUUUACGCCACUGACUCUUUCUCCAUCACUAUCUCUCUCAACCCAUCAACUUUCUCAUUCUUCAAAUCUCGCCCAGGCUCCAAGUCCAUCUACUUAACCCACCACCACUACCAAAGAAUCAAGCUUUACUGGGACUUCACUCGGGCUGAGUUCACGCGCAACUCGGCCGAGCCCGACUCGGGAUUCUAUGUUGCCAUCUCUUGCAACACCAAGCUUGAGUUUUUCCUUGGUGAUCUUCAUGACGAGUUGACUCGGAGAUCCGGGUUGGCCUUGACUCGCCAGCUCUGUGAGCCAACUCUGUUGUCUAGGAGGGAGCACGUGUUUGGACGCAGUAAUUAUGUAUCCCGGGCUCAGUUCUUGGGAACCAAACAUGAGAUUGGAAUUGAGUGCGGUGGGGGAGUGCUCAAAGUAAAAGUAGAUGGUGAAAUUAGGCUUGUUGUAAAAAGGUUAGCAUGGAAAUUUAGAGGGAAUGAGAAAAUUUACGUGGGUGGCAUUGAAGUGGAAUUUUAUUGGGACGUGUUUAAUUGGGUCAAUAAUAUUAGUACUAGUAAUAGUAAUAACAAUAAUAGUGGUACUAAUGGAAUUGGGCAUGGUGUGUUUGUUUUUCAAGUUGGUGAUGGUGGGGUGUGGCCAGAAAUGGUAGGACCAGAGAAGAGAUUAAUGAGGAAGAGUUUAUCGGAUUCAUCAAGUUCCGGUUCAACGCCGUCGGCAAUAUGGUUGUCACCGUCGCCGUCAUGUUCAAGUGUGUUGCAAUGGGCUGAGGAGAGUAGUGAUGGUAGGAGGAGUUCAUCAUGUUCUUCAUCUACUAGGUCAUGUGGGAGUAAUGGGGGCUUUUCUUUGUUGUUGUAUGCUUGGAGGAAGGAUUGA